AUGGGUAUCUAUAGGCCCAGAGCUGCCAUUAGAAGGCUGUUCUUGGUGGUACUGAUAGUAGUCGUUCUUAAUGUCACCGUUUUCUUUCAUGAACCGACAAAGAAUUAUAUCGUCGAUACAUACCACGGUGCAUUAGAUACAAGCAGGCCUGAUUCGCAGAGCAGUUUACCAAGCGCACCAAAGCUUGACAGAACAGAUGCUAGUGAUGAGUUUUUCAAGACAUUAUUUGCGCAGUUGGAAGGUGCAGCUCCAAUGAAGAGAGAAUUUGGUUGGGGUGAUAUUAAGGCUAAAGAGUGUGAUAUGGGGGACGUUGGAUUCGAUUCCAAUGGUCGUGAUGAGAGGUUAAGUUAUGAUAAUUUGGCCAAAUGUUUGCAAUUACCCGAGAGUAACUAUAACUCUUUGAAGAAUGGCCAUGAGAAAUUUGUUAAAUACUUGAGUACAGUUGAUACAAGUGCAAGUCAGUUGGAACAAAUCUAUGCAACUAAGAGAGGGAUUGUUACCGUGGGUGGACGUAGGUACUCAUUGCUUUCAUAUUUGAUGAUCAAUAUGGUGAGAAGAAGUGGCAGUAAACUACCGAUUGAAGUUGUCAUUCCUCCAGAUGACGAACCCGAGACCGAGUUUUGUGAAUCGAUCUUGCAAUUUAACGCUAGAUGUAUUUAUUUCAAGGAUAGAUUACCAACCUCGCUAUUGGCAAACUUGAGUGUGAAAUCUUAUCAGGUGAAAGGUAUAGCCUUGUUACUUUCAUCUUUUCAGGAAUUUGUCCUUAUCGAUUCCGAUAACAUGCCAUUGAAAAACAUCGAUGAGGUGUUCGAUUAUAACGUAUUCAGGGAUCAUGGUAUGGUUAUUUGGCCAGAUAUUUGGAGAAGAAUGACAUCUCCACAAUUCUACCAAUUGGCAGAGGUUCCGAUCGAUUUCACUAAACGUGUGCGUAAUGCAGGUGAUGAGUUAUCUCCAGUAUCUCGUUAUGACAAGCUAGAAAACACAGUAAGUGAAAACAAGGCUAAGGUGCCAAUGCAUGAUUUCCUUGGCACUCUACCGGACCCAACUACAGAGUCUGGUCAAAUGAUCGUGAACAAGAAGACUCAUUUGAAGAUGUUACUCUUGGCAUUGUACUACAACCAGUAUGGACCAGAAUACUAUUAUCAACUAUUUUCGCAAGGAACUUCAGGGCAAGGUGACAAGGAAACGUUCGCUAUGGCUGCACAUAUCUUGAAGGAACCAUUCUAUCAAGUUAAGAAAACGUUUGGUUUUGCUGCGUAUAUGGAUCCAAGAGAGGGUAAAAGCGAGUUCCAAGGUGCCGGUUUGUUACAACAUGACCCAGAACAAGAUUACAGAUAUUGGAAUAUUCUUAAGACUGAAAUUGAGGGGCAACAAGAAAAGUAUGGUACGUUUGAUGAGGAUUACCAUAUUAAGAAGACCUUCUACGACAAGAUGCUAGGUAAAGUCGGCGAUCAACCUCGUGAACACUUAUUCCUUCACGCAAGUUACCAUAAAUAUGAUCCAUGGAAUCUGUACAAUGAAAAGAAUUUGAUGCAUUCAGACGGGAAGCAAUUUAGAGCCUAUCCUUGUAGUUCUACAGCAUUUAAAGGAUUUGAUGUGGAAUUGUUCCUUUGGGAGAUUGUUAACAAGAUCGUCUGUUCAGAAAAUCCGGUGAAGAUGGCUUAUAUAGAUAAACUGAAAGAAGACACUGAUAAAUUCAAAGCAGUCUGUCAAUUCACUAAGGACAGAGUCAACCAUCUCAAUGAAACACAUGACGAAUACGUAUCGUACAUGGGAGCUACAAGUAACGAAAAACAUUGUGUCGACAUCAAAAGAGGACACUGA